AUGAAUCGACCAGGUGUAGGACCGCAGGCCAUGCGUGGCAUACCCAAUGGAUUCCCCAAUCAACAGCAGAUGCAGAACAGGAACGUAUCAAAUAGGAUACCACCCAGUGGGAAAAUGGCAAACAAUGGAGCGACAUGGGCAUUUGGAGGUGUACCGAUGGGGGGAGCAGGUCUAGGAAAUCCACGUCCAAACAAUGGACCUAUGGCAAGCUUUGCACAAACAAUAGGAGGAUCUUCGCAACCAGCAACACCACUAGAUUUGUCUGAAUUUCCCUCACUAUCAGGAAACCAGCCUCAGCACAAUCAGUCAACAUGGGGAGCGGCAGGAGCACGUAAUAUUGGCCCAGCAAAUAUACGGUUACAGCAAUCAGCUGGAUUAUCCGCACAACAUGCUGCGCAACAACAACAGCAACAAGACGAGCUCUUCAACUCAUCAACUCAAUUAUCGAACAAUUCGGGUGGUUUCAGAUUUGGGGCUCAAAAUGCAGUUGGUCAGUCUUCACAACCGAGAAGCGCAGAUGAUUUUCCACCUCUGGGGAAUUCGAAUGGAGAGAUUGGCCAAGAUCGAAGCUCUGGUCUACUACAAAAUGUGGGGUUUGGAGCCGGUGGUGGAUUGGGAUUUGGUUCUAAUAACCCACCACAGCAACAGCAAGCCAGGAGUAAUGGUCUUUUAAGUGCAUUAUCCACUGGUGGUCGAGUGGCACCAGGUAAUAGAAUUGAUUCACCAGCAAGUUUGUCAGGCCCAUCCACAAAUAGAUCCCCAAUAGACACCAGCCGGCAAGGUUUACCACGCCUUGGAGAGAAUGAAGUCGGGAGCUUUCCAGAUACUAAUUUUGGCUCGUCAAAUCCAAUAUCACUCAGAGAAGACGACAAUCAACAAUUUAAUAUGCCUACAGCGACCAACUCUCGAGCAGAUGGCCCAUCAACCCUGACUCAAGCACAAGAACUCGACCCUAGUUCUCUAUCAAGAAGUGCUGAUAAUGCGGAAUCCAAAGUACAAGAUCCAUUAGCUCACAUGAGUGAUGCCGACAGAUUUGGACUCAAGGGAUUUUCCUAUAUGAUGAACAAUUUUCCCGACUAUGCUGCUCUUGUUACUGGAACUGACAUCAGCCAUUUAGGCCUCGAUCUGAAUUCCGAGCAACCUAUCUCAAGUCAAAUUUACUCUUUAUGGGACAACGAGCCCCCACGACCAGAUGUCACUCGUUUCAACCUACCUGAAUGUUAUCGCGUUCUUAAUGUUGCUCCUCUCGAAAGCAAGAUGCCUAAUUUCAACGAAGAAGCCCUAUUGUUUAUGUUCUACAGUAAUCCGGGGGACAAGCAGCAGCUUAUGGCAGCUAGGGAGCUUGGCAAUAGGAAUUGGCGGUAUCAUAAAAAGAUGCAAGUUUGGCUUACCAAGGAUGAUUUGAUGGUUCCUCGUCAACUUACCCAACAGAUGGAGCAAGGCUACUACAUCUUUUUCGAUGUAAAGACUUGGUCAAGACAACGACGGGAAUUCACAUUAUCUUACGACGACUUGGAAAGAGUCGAAGAUCGGUUUUAA